AUGUCUGAGACAACUGCUGUCGAAAUCCGUGGAUCAGAUACAAAUGAAGAUGCCACAAAAUACAAAACAAGUGAACCACUCAGCGAUAACGAUGUGGAAAAGAAAGACAAUGAGUCCGACAGAUCUGAAAUUUCCCCAACGGACAGUGAUGAUUUAGACUUGGUAAAAUUCCCGUCGAAGAGUAUCAAUGAAGAGUACAUUGAAUAUCGGGAAACUUCGAAAACGUUGAUGUACUUAAUAGGUUAGUUUGAAAUAUAUUUUGUGCUAAGGGUUUGAAAUAAUAUGCUGUAAUUUAUUUUAUAUUUUGUUCGUUUAGGUAAAUUUUUUAUCGAUUUGCAAGAAAUAUUUUCGUAACACUUCCUUCUCCUAUUAGUUUUUCUUAGAUCCAUAAAUAAUAUGAGCGUUUUAAGAUCGUAUAGAUAUUUAAUUUGAAAAUGGAAAACCUAAUAAAAAUGUUAUACGUAUUUGUUGUUGUUGUAUCGGUAAUAAUGAUUAACAUGGAAAAUUGUUGCGAAUGAUUUUAAUUGCACAUAGAAUUUUGGUAAUUGUUUAGGAGCCAUAGAAAAAACACGUGAACAUAAAAGUACCACUAUAUUUAUAUUAUUAACUAAAAAGUAACUACAUAAUUACUUUACUUUUAAGUGUAUUGCAUAUAGCAUAUGAUAAAAUAUUUAAUAAUAAAUUAUCUUAUCGUUAUCUCUUCGUCUCUAUUUUUAACUUUAUCAUCAAUGGAACAUACGCUUUUAAUUGGUUUUUCGAAAUCCGUUAAAAAUGAUAGCUCUUCAAAUAACCAAGAUGAUGGUUGAUAGAACGUCGUCUAUCCCAGCACCAUUUUGGACUUUUGGACGACUUUUGGAGUCGUUAAAUUUUUAAAAUUCUUUUCAAAAGUUACUUCUUAAUGUAUUAAUGUUUGUUUUUGACAUCUUCAAUCGUAGGUUCACUUUUCAAAUGUUUAUAAUAAAAUAAACGUUUUUUAUAGACAGAAUGUUUUUCAUCUCUAUUGGAGUACUCUUUAAAACGAAUAUCCCACAAUUCAGGUAAUUGUUUGUACUCAGAAAUAAAAUCACGCAAAAUGGCCUGAUCGCGGAAUUCACGGCUUGUGGUUUUACUUCGCUGCGAUGUCAAUACUGAUUAAGUGUUAAUAUCGACCUCACACUAUCAAUAUAAUCGCCAGUGAACAAAUACUGACGACUUGAUAUCCGAAUUUUUCAUCAGUCAUCAGUAUCGUAUUUCCAUACUGAGAGUACAUUAGUAUUCACAUUAUACGAUCAAUAAUACUGCCAGUAUAAAAAAUACUGUCAAUAAUAUUGACCGUGUAAGGGCCGCAGUAGUAUAUUCAAUUUGUUUUCUAAUGAUGGCGAUGUACAUAAGAAUACGAAUAUCCAUACCUACUGUUUAUGAGUUAUAAUAUUGACCGCAGAAGGGGAGGCACUUUCACCGUGCAUACCUACAUUUUUAGAUAUGUAAGCCUAAAAGUGACGGUGUAUGAAUUUCAGAUAAUAGAGACCGAGAAAAAGUGUCAAAGUGGAUAAAUAAACUAGACACAAUGGACGAAAAAGGAUGCAUGAACGAGCGGUUGCUCUACUUUAAGUAUCUGACAGCAACACUGAGUGGUCCGUAUGGAUUAGUAGAGCCAUUUACUUCAAUCCCCCCGAAUUCAGUGAGGCCACUGCACAUGGUCCUACCACCCAUUGUCUUGGCAGACCUAAUGGAUGAUCAACCAAUUUUACACCAGAGCAGGCGUAAAGGAAUCGGGCGUAAACCGACAUCGAAGGCCAUAUCUAUUCAACGGGACUACAAGUUUUUUGAACAACAACUAUUCCCACCAGAAGGCCUGAUCUGCUACGCGGCCGCAUUUAGCAGUGCACCAUAA